AUGACGAUUGAAACUAUUUAUAUCGCAAGACACGGUUAUAGAUCCAAUUGGUUACCACCACCACACCCACCAAAUCCUACUGGUAUUGACAGUGACCCGGCUUUAGCACCACAUGGUGUUGAACAAGCCCAACAGUUAGCUGCCUAUCUUACAUCAUUACCUACACAUGAAAAGCCUGAAUUUAUUAUUGCUUCACCUUUUUAUCGUUGUAUAGAAACGUCGAGACCCAUUGCCGAAAUGUUGGACUUGAAGAUUGCUUUAGAAAGAGGAGUUGGUGAAUGGUUUCGUAAAAAUAGAGAUACCAAACCAGUUCCCGGUGAUUACACACAAUUGAGAACAUUUUUCGAUAAAUUAUUGAUCGAUGAAGAUACUUGGCCAAGAGAUAACUUAAAUGUUAUACCUAAUAUUGAAGGAGAAGAUUAUGAUGAAAUCUACGAUCGUGCCAAAUUGUUUUGGAAAAAGUUUAUUCCUGAAUUUGAAAAGAAAUUCCCCGAAAUUAAAAAUGUGUUGAUAGUUACACAUGCAGCAACGAAAAUUGCUUUAGGAUCAGCUUUAUUACAGUUAAAAUCAGUUACUGAUGUUAUAGAUGAUAAUCAAACUGUGUUACGUGCUGGUGCAUGUUCAUUAUCCAAAUUUGUUAGAGAUGGCGAAGAUAAAACCAAUCAUACUAUUCAAUGGAAAAUUGUCAUGAAUGGUAAUUGUGAAUUCUUGACACAGGGUGAAGAAAUGAACUGGGAUUUCCGUCGUGGUGUUGAAGCCGGGUCAGCUGAAGAUAUAGCGCAAAGAAAGGCAGCAGCAGAAGCAGAAGCAAAAGCAUUGAAGAAAAAUGAACAAACCAAAUCCGAUGGUCCCAUCACUGAAUCUGCCACUGGGGCAGAAAUAGAUGGGAAUGAAGAUGAAUUUGAAACAUUUUAUGUAACCAUCGAUAUACCUUCAAUUUCGAAUAAAAUCGACAAUGAAGAAGAACCACCAUCAAGGACAGGUCAAGCUCCAAAAUUCAAAAACAAUAUUAUCAAGCCUUCAGCACAACUCCAAUUUACUGAUUUAAAAGAAGAUCAUCCAUUAGUAAAAAUAUCGAACAAUACUAUAUCUGCUCAAGGCUCGUCGUCGUCGUCGUUAUCAGCGUCGAAAAAUGGAUUUAAUAGUCAUACUCACAAUUCAGGAGUCAUUGAUCCAUCAGCACUUAUAGAUGGGAAAAUUUAUCAGACUGAUUGGAAUCAAUUACAAGGUACUGAACUAAUAUUUGAUGAAAAUGGUCAAUUUAUAGGCAAGGUUAAGGAACAUUUGACUUGCAAUAAUAACACAAAAUUCACAUUAAAAAAGGCAGAAGAAGUAGAACAACUUCGUUCAGCAGAUGAUUCUAUCAUGGAUAUAGAUCAAGACUCACAAGGACAACAACCAGCUAGAAGUCAGUUCUUAAAAAGAGCAAUUGUGGCUGCUAGAGCCAAAGGUAAAUAA